GUCCCCUGGGCCAGACAAGACCCAGACACCACAUCCAGAGGGGCCCAGAUCCUGGUACCUGGGGCCAGGUGGCAGCAGCACUUGACAUCAGGGAAAGUGGUUGGCCCAUCCUACCCUGUUGCAAUAUGUAUUAAAGUAAAAGGUGUGGUGGUGCCCAGCCAGCCACCCGCAUCCCCUACCCCCAAGGAGUGGGGCAGCAGGGAUCUGCCCAGGGAAAGGGAGGGAAGCAGGAAGUUUGUGGGGAGGGUGUAUGCUGGACAUUGUCGUCAGACACCUUGUGCAAUCCUCCUCCCUGCACCCAGGGCGUGUGGAAUAAACUCUGCCAGGAUGGGGAUGGAACAGAAGAGACGAGCAGGGCUCAGACGAGCGGCACUGCACGGCCCACAGGUCUGAGCUGGAACGAAGCAGGAGAAGCACUGACUCUGCCCUGCUUAGACUGCCCCGUCCUUGAGAACUCUGCCAGCAUGGGGGCCGACUUGCUGCGCAAGCUGCUCUUGGUCUGUUUCUCCACCUUCCUCUUCCUGCUGAUUGUCAUCAUCCACCAGGACGUCCCUGGGACCCUGCAGCUGGAGCUCUUGGGCGCACCCCGGGGUAAGCCUAUCUCUGUGGAGAAGCGCCAGGGCAGCCCCACCUUCCAGUGGCGAGGCACAGAGGAGGAGAGAGCUGGGGACUCCAUGCCUGUGCCCGUGCCCAGCCACCUGCCAGCGACCACCAGGCACCCGCUGCAGGUCGUCUACCCCUAUAGCUACCGCUUCCUCCUGAACGAGCCGGACAAGUGCCGGGAGCGGGCGCCCUUCCUGGUGCUGCUGGUGGUGACGGAGCCCAAGGACAUCAUGGUGAGGAACGCCAUCCGCCAGACCUGGGGCAAUGAGAGCGCCGUGCCUGGGGUCUCCAUGGUGCGGCUCUUCCUGACCGGGGUCCACCCGCACUACGGCUCCCCGCUGCAGUGGCUGCUUGAGGAGGAGAGCGCCCUGCAUCGCGACAUCAUCCAGCAGGACUUCCUGGACACCUACAACAACCUGACCCUCAAGACGCUGAUGGGCAUGGAGUGGGUGAGCAGGCACUGCCCCAAUGCCAGCUACGUGAUGAAGGCUGACAGCGACGUCUUCCUCAACGUGGGCUUCCUCGUCCGGCAGCUGCUGCAGCCCCAGCUGCUGCCCAAGAAGGACUUCAUGACGGGGUACAUCUACAGGAACACGGGGCCUCUGCGGAGCAAGGCAUACAAAUGGUACGUGCCCUGGGAGGUGUACCCCAAUGAUACCUACCCUCCCUACUGCGGUGGCCCUGGCUAUGUGCUCUCUGGAGACCUUGCCAAGAAGGUGUACGGGGUGGCCCAGACCCUCCGGGUCAUCAACAUGGAGGAUGCGUUCCUUGGGAUCUGUUUGUACAAGCUGGGCAUCAGCGUGACCAACAGCCCCUGGGGCCUCUUCAACAUCUUCUGGCUGGAGUAUGAGAAGUGCCGGUUCUCCAAGCUGGUGCUGGUGCAUCACUACGGGCCCACGGACCUGCUGAGGGUCUGGCCGGACUUCCAGGGUGGGAACAAGACCUGCCCCAGCUAGAGGGAUGGGGAAGGAGCCGGGACAUGUGCAGGAACGCACGGGCAGGGAUGCAAGCUUGGGCAUGGUGCUUUGCCCAGACUGACACCCCAGUGUCAAUACACACACAUACACGCACACACACAGUGUACACCCCCAAUGCACACACACACACACCAGUGUAUAUACCCCCAAUGUACACACACACACACCA